UUGCAGCAGUGUUUUUCCGGGUUGGCGUGUUAUGUGCUCGUAGGCUCACCGUAGCUAGCCGUGCGUAAAUUAAACUUCCCAGCAAGCAGUAGCGCGCAAGCCUGGGAACCCGGUAAGAUGGCGGACGCCGAAGAUGGUGUUUUGCGGCUCGCUGCUGCUUCGACAGCCCCAAUUUCAUUCGGCUUCACUCGCACGUCUUCUCGGAGGCGGCUGGCUGACCUGGCAGACGGCGCAGGGCGGGCUCCUGACCAAAGAGAUUUCUUGAAAACCGUGGAAGGGAGGGAGCUGCAAAGCGUGAACCCUCCAGAAACCUCCAAGGAACUAAUCAUUCCAUUAAUCCAGAAUGGCCAUCGAAGGCAACCACUGGCCCAGAGCCUUAGGCCAUCUUUGGAUACUGAGGUAUUGGAGGAUGGUAUGCUUUCCCAGGCUGUCAAGGAGCUCAUUGAGGAAUCCAAGAAGUCUCUGGAGGAGAGAGAGAAUGCAGGUGUUGACCCCACGCUCACUAUCCCCAUGAUCCAGAAAGGAUGCACCCCCAGUGGGGAAGGGACAGACAGCGAACCCCAGGCUGAGACAGUGCCAGAGGAGGCUGACUACGAGGCAGUCCCAGUGGAGGCCUAUGGGCUGGCCAUGCUGCGGGGCAUGGGCUGGAAACCUGGCAAGGGCAUCGGCCACACUUUCAAUCAAGUAGUGAAACCCCGUGUCAACUCCCUGAGACCCAAAGGGUUAGGGCUGGGUGCCAACCUGACUGAAGCCCAGGCCUUGGCCUCCACUGGCUCAAACCACAUAUGCAGACCAGAUGGGAAAAAAGAGAAGAAUAAGGAAGACCAGCCUCGAGGGUUGAUGCCUGGAGGAGCUGUGGUGAUCUUUUCUGGCCCUCACCGUGGCCUCUAUGGGAAGGUGGAAGGCCUUGAUCCUGACAAUGUUCGAGCCAUGGUGCGGCUGGCAGUGGGCAACCGUGUUGUGACUGUUAGUGAGUAUUGCCUACGGCCUGUCUCCCAGAAGGAGUUUGAUAGCAAUGCCUUGCAUCCAGGCCAAGUGAGCAGAACUUCCUCAGAGCAACAUAACAGAGCAACUGGAACAACCUUGUCAUUGAAGGCCCUCCACAAUCAAGAUUUUCCUCCCCACCAGGAGGACUCAGAAAAGAGGCAGAAACAUUCCGAAAGGAAGCGGAAACAGCCUCCAGACCGACAGGAUGGGCCUAUGGCAAAGAAUGAGAAAGCAGCCCCUAGGAACAAGCACUGGUUGCACAGGGACUUACGCGUGCGGUUUGUAGACAAGUUCCACAAAGGUGGCCGGUAUUACAAUACCAAGAUGACAAUUGAAGAUGUCUUGAGCCCAGAUACCUGUGUGUGUCGGACAGAUGAAGGCCGAAUCCUGGAAGGCUUGAGGGAAGACAUGCUGGAGACCCUAGUUCCCAAGGGAGAGGGCAGCCGUGUGAUGGUGGUACUGGGACCACAGGCUGGGAAGGUAGGAAUUCUUCUGAACCGGGACAGAGUCCGUAGCCGAGCUUUGGUGCAGCUUCCGGGAGAGAAUGAAGUGCUGGAACUUCACUAUGAUGCCAUCUGCCAGUACAUGGGCCCCAGCGACUCAGAUGAGGACUGACAUGUGGGACCACUGGCCAUCAGCCAGGCUAUUACAUUGUGUACAGUCUAAAAUAGUUGUUUUCCAGAAGCUGGGAGAUAAUUGUUCCAUUUUCCCUUUGGAGCAGGACCUGGGGAUGGGUAAAUGAGAUUUUUUUCUCAGAACUUAGGGUAUAAUAAAAACCAUUUAAAAUAGUGAAA